AUGGAUUCAGACUUGUGGGGUAUACUAAAGGAUGCACAAGAUAUAAGCGUGCCUUACAUAUGGCUCAGCAAACUGUUUUUGUUGGCUAUAACCAUUGCAGAGAUCACCAUAGGUGCAGUGUAUCUCAAAGAUUGUCCCCUACAGCACAACAUCCCUGUGUAUGUGCUGGUGUUUGGGGUGUUAAGUGCAGUCACAAUUCUGUUCAUCUGCAUGCCAUUUGAUGCAAUGAAUUUCCUCUGUGUUGUCUGGAUGGGCCUGUUGAGCCUCUUUAUGUUCUGCUGGACCAUCACUGGCAGUGUGUGGAUCUACUCCAUCUACCCCCCCAACUACAACUCGACUGUACCUGGAGAGCCGUACUGCAAUAAGACCCUCUACUUGUUUGCCUUCUGGACCACCACACAGGGCUACAUUAUGUCAGGAAUUUUUUUCCUGAUUAUUUGUUGCAGGGCAGUUUGUUCGAUGUGUAAUGAGUAAAAAAAAAAGCGAAGAGGUUAGCCAUUCUGUUUUGUGUCCGUGU